AUGAACCCACUUAGAAUCUUACUCUUGGGAGCACCAGGAUCAGGUAAAGGCACUCAAACAUCACGAUUGCUAAAGAGGUUUACUCAAUUACAAUCAUUGUCUUCUGGGGAUAUUUUACGAAACCAAAUACGUCUAGGGUCUGCAAUUGGCAAGCAAGCACAGUCAUAUAUCAAAAAUGGAUCUUUGGUUCCCGACAAAAUAAUGGUUGGCCUUAUCACUGCCGAGUUGGAAAAGAAAAAGUGGUUAACCCAAACGUCUAGUUGGUUAUUAGAUGGGUUUCCUAGAACUGUCAACCAAGCAAAGGAAUUGGAUCGUGUGAUACAAAAUCGAGCCAAUUUUAAUUUAGUGGUUGAGUUGGAUGUUGACCAGAAGGUUAUUUUACAAAGAAUUGAGGCUAGAUGGAUUCAUGAAGCUAGUGGGAGAGUGUAUAAUUUAGAUUAUAACCCACCCAAAGUGCCAUUCAAAGAUGACGUUACGGGUGAGGCUUUGACGAAACGUCAAGACGAUACCGCUAAGGUGUUUCAAAAAAGGUUGGACCAGUAUAAUGAAGAAAUCGAGCCUUUAAAGGAGUUUUACAAGGAGAAAGGGUUGUUGUAUUCUGUUAGUGGUGAUACUUCGGAUAUAAUCUAUCCAAAGUUGGAGAAAUUAAUUGUAGAUAGAUUUACAUAG